AUCACCAUCAUUCGCCAUGAUCAGCCCACAAAGCCAAUGUACAAAAUUGGGGGCGUUCAUUUAGGCAGGCCAGUCAAAGACGUAAAUGGUGCAAAUGGCCUUCCAACGCAACUUUUUGUCCAAAUAAUCUCCAUUUUCCCUCUAUUUUUAUAACAAUAUUUUUUGUUUCUAAUUAAUACAACUCUCAUUCCCAACAUUUCAUCGUCUCCGAUUUCUCUCUCUACAGUGAGGCUGAUCAUGGCGAAUGACGCUGGUGAGGGGUCAAAGAAGCUGAAGCUCUACUCCUACUGGCGGAGCUCUUGCUCUUGCCGCGUUCGAAUUGCUCUCAAUCUCAAACGACUGGACUAUGAGUACAUAGCGGUUAAUUUGCUUAAAGUAGAACAGAAAGCCCCUGAGUUUCUGAAGCUUAAUCCUCUCGGAUGUGUACCGGUGCUUGUUGAUGGCGAUGUUGUUGUUGCAGACUCUUUUGCAAUCUUGCUGGCAAGAUAUCUGGAAGAGAAGUAUCCUCAACGGCCAUUGUUGCCUAAGGAUCUUCAGAAGAAGGCCUUGAAUUACCAGGCAGCAAAUAUUAUUUGUGGAAGCAUACAGCCUUACCACAACUUACCUGUUAUUGGAUAUAUAAAAGAAAAACUUGGCCCUGAUGAGAUGCUUGCUUGGGUUCAGAAUCGUAUAAACGACGGGUUUUCCGCUCUGGAGCAGCUACUGGAAAAAUAUGCUGGGAAGUAUGCCACGGGAGAUGAAGUUUUUCUGCUUGUAAGUUCAUACCCUCUCAGAAAAGUAACUUUCAACUCCUGUGGUUUUGGUAGUAUCCUACAAUCGCUACAUAUUUACACAUGGCGUUUGUACACUGCAUCGCCAUAUAGUAAACUGUCACUGAAGUCGUCUAGGGCUGAUUUGUUUUUGGCCCCUCAGAUUGACGGUGCAGUCAAAAGAUUCAAUAUUAACAUGAAUGAGUUCCCUCUUCUGGCAAAGCUUAGUGAGUCAUACAAAGAGCACCCGGCCUUCGAAGAUGCUAUGCCCGGAAAGCAGCCUGACGCGCCACAAGAUUCGAGGAACUAACUGAAAGAGGUUCGAUUUCUUUGAGCUAUUGGGUCAUCAAAGAGUUACAAGAUUGUGUUGGGUUCCACGCUAAAGGGAGAUCCAAUAUGUGCUUUUAUCAUUCACAUCAACUGGAGUGGAAUGAUGUUUGGAAAAAUUGGAAUUCAGAUUUACUACUAUCUUAUGUGAGAUUGUCACACUAAAUAAAAUGGGACAAAUGAUUAUGUCUUUUGUUGGAUGUACAAUCCUUUUUCAUAUCAAUUUACUUCCGUCAGUUGGCAUUGUUGUGCCUCUCUGUUGGGAGAAUGAUCAAAUUCCAUUUUUCGUCAUGUAUGUUUCGUAAAGGCAACAAAGUCAUCUCCUUCGAAUAGCAGUUUUGAUCUUUGUCCUUAUGUUUAGAAAAAGGUUGCUAAAAUGUCUUCGACUUGUCGGAAAUUCAUAAUUUAGGCGGAAACAGGCACGUGAUCUGUUUAAUCCUAUGUGGAAUCGAAAUUCCAGCGUGCUGAUAGAAAUUGACAAAUUGC